GUAGACAGAGUGAAAACUGGGGAUGGGGAGGUAUAUGGAUUUUUUUUGCGCGCGCGAACGAUCGUGACAUUUCCGAAUAUUACUCCGCCUUGCAUGGGGUCGUUGUAAAGAGACCCCUUCGUCCGCAGCGAUACAUCUGUCUUAAUGGGAUGGCCCGAGUGAUCUGCGCUGCGUGGCAAAUCAAAUCGGUGUGAGUGGUACGGAAAAUUGAAAGCAUUCUGAGUGCGAUUUUAGUUUGGCCAUCACCCUGAUUUGAAAGUCAAUUUGGAAGAGAGAGUGACGCAGCUCGGAAGGGAUUCGGUUGGUAGGCUAUGGGAGACAGUAAAUCUCAUCUCAUGACUCGUGUUCCUGAUGUAGGAUGCAGGACUUCUCAUGCCAUCUAUUAUGCCAACACUUCAUUUCAAUCGUAUAGCAGCGUGUUUGUAAUACAUUCGCCAUCUGGAUUCUGUGAUAACUGCGACUGAUUAAAAAAUGGGGAGUAAUUAACAGCGAUAUACCAAGGAUUCACAGUGAUUGCGUAAUCAAAACCAGAAGCGUGGAAGUAGAUGUAGUUCUGCUCGCAUUCAUUAUUUUCUGGUUCACACCUAUGUGACAAAGUCUGUCGUGUAGUAAUAAUUCAUCUUUUCUUUCUCCGUAUUAACACACUAAGAGGAAAACGUUUCAAAAACUAUUCGGAAUGGAUCCUCGUAUUGGGCUUAUUGUCGAUGGAAUCAUCAGUGCAUGUCGAACUGGAUGGCGACGACUGGUUCGACACCGAGCCGAAGAUACUAUCCCGAUCAUCAGCUGCGAUGGCGGUCGAGACCUCGACCACACCGGCGAGGACGGAGUCAGCACUCAACGAAAGUCUUGGUUUCGUUUGGCUAGGUUAAGCGGGACGGUGUGCGGCAUCGAGUUCUGCUACGCGGCCGAAACAGCGUUCGUGUCUCCGAUCCUACUCCGAAUAGGUAUUCCACAGAGGUUCAUGACAAUGAUCUGGUGCUUGAGUCCCUUGCUUGGGUUCUUUCUCAUGCCACUCUUAGGUUCUGCAAGUGACCGCUGUUCCUCCAGACUUGGUCGAAGACGUCCUUUCAUCCUUCUUCUCUCUGCAGUUAUCUUUAUCGGUCUUCUGCUGGUACCUAACGGAUAUAGGUUAGGUCUCACAAUGUGUGGCCACCAUGACUCCUCAUCAUCGCGUUCAUAUGGGAAUAACUCGGGAGAAACCCCGUCAAUAAAUGGCUUUGGGACAACAGGAAAUAGUCCUCAGGAUGAAACACCUUUGGUGACACCUUCCAACUCUUACCAGAAUUCUGAACAAUCCUCCUACGGUGACAACUUUCCGACAACGGAAGGCAACUUUGAGAACCUGACUUGGGAGGCGACCACACCCUGGACGGAGACCGUGCAUGUGGUGGCGGGACACGCCUGUGGAGUUAUCCUGACCAUUUUGGGUGUGGCUUUCCUUGACUUCAGCUGUGACGCCUGCCAAUCACCAAGCCGAGCCUAUUUGAUUGACGUGACACACCCUUCAGACCACACCCGUGGAUUGGCUACAUUCAGUUUUAUGGCUGGAUUUGGAGGCGCAGCGGGUUACCUCAUCGGUGGGAUACCAUGGGGUGAAAGUUCACUUUCGGCUGUCAUUGGUGCUCAUGUUAGAUAUGUAUUUGGCCUUAUCACGAUCAUCUUCGUAGUGGCUAUGAUUAUAACGGUUACCGCUGAACGAGAACAAACCCUAGCCGAGAUCAACCCUGUCGAAUCAAAACGACGUCGGAAACGAGAAGGUACCUAUGGAGGUAUGGACGACGACGACGAGGAGGUGGAGCUCGGAGUUAUCGAACAGAGAAAGAAGAAUUAUGGCUCACAGAAGACGGACAUCGUCCAGACAACGGACGUCGUCUCCGAGGCGUCCGGAGCAAAGCCUGGGGCAGAUGAACAACUUCCGGUUGAAACAGGGAAGGAGGAUGUACCGAACGGCAUACAUGGCGCAAGGUCAAAGGUGAUAGAUGGAGACGAAAGCGAUGGUAAGAUGGGAAUGUAUCAGGCGUUGCCUGAGACGUCAUCUACCAAGGAUUCUGGGAAGGAUGAACCAGAAGAGAUGGCUACCAUGGGAACAUAUCUCUUGUCUAUUGUCUUCAUGCCUCCAUCUCUCCGAAUCCUUUGCUUCACGCAUCUUCUAGGUUGGAUGUCUCUACUCUGCUAUUCGCUUUAUUUUACGGAUUUCAUGGGCCAGGAGGUCUACGGGGGAGACCCGACCGCUCCUCCAGGAUCCAUGGCCAGACAGGUCUACGCCGAUGGGGUGAGGAAGGGAUCCUACGCAAUGGCUCUAUACUCCAUCACUUGUUCUAUCACAUCGCUCUGUACAGAGUGGCUUAUUAGAAAAAUAGGUAAGAUAUAGUUUUAUUUUCUGAUUUUAAACCUUUUGGGGACCUUUUUUAAACAGUGGGUUGAUUGUAAUAGAUAGCUUAAAUUUCAGAUGAUCACAAGAAUAAAUUAAUUACAACCAAAACUAUAUAAAGAUAUACAAUUGGGGAGGAACUUAUUUGUAUUCUAAAAACAAAUAAGUCCAAUUGACUAGAUCGUUACUUGAUCAGCUCGGUUCAACUGAUAUUUUGAACUACUAGGACUAUCUGUUCCAGUUAUUUAGGACUAAAAUAAUAGUCCUCACAUAGCUGACGCAUUCACCUAGUCAUGUUAAAUAAUUUGUUUUAAAUAAGUCAGAAUAUGUCAAGCGACUAUGACGUCAUAAAGAACAACUAACUUAACAUACUUUUCAUAGCGAAAUCCGGAAUUAGAUGUCAUUACUUUUGUCAUGACAUCAUUUUGUAACAGAAAAUCAUGACAGGCGCCUCUCCCAUUGCCAAACUUGCAGCAUAGUAAACGACCUUCCAUCUGUUGGUUCUGCUUUACAAUUGAUGAAGCUUUUAACUAAUAACGCAGGAUUAGAAGUAUAUGUAUUCACCGCGUACAUUAAUUAGACUCGCCUCGGCUCUCUACCUUUAGUAAAUCAAACGUAAUAUCUGUCAUAGUUCUGUGAUUAUUCCAUUUGUUGCGAGUCCAGUUGAGAACAUGGCAUGUGGAAAUUUCAUUUUGUCCAAACUACAUGUACACAGUCUUUACCGUAUCUCUAUUACGUUUUAUACUCCCAUUACUGUUUGUUAUGUAGGAAAUAUGGCCUAAUGCAUGCGUAAGGAAAAUUGUUUAAUCAACUAUUGAUAGACCUACCUGUUAAUAAAAUGACUUAAAAUUCUCUAAUGUAUACACUGGCUCUAAUAAUAGACGUGGUAAGAUAAUAUAAAUCUAAAUAUGGUUACUUCUCAACCAUAAAAAUGUUUUGUCUUGUUUUUUUUAACAUUUUUUCUCUUUCGAAUUUUAGUGUUAUAAUAAUUUCAAUAUUACUAUUUAGAGUUGAGUCUAUUGUGAGCAACAAGCAGACGUAUCUUAUCAGACGAUUUAUUCACACAUUAAUAUGAUAUCCAUCCAAUACAAGCGUAAAAUUACUAGAUUCCUUUAUAAAGCAAUACAGCAGUCCAAAUUAAUCGUUUAAUACCGAGAACAACAUGAAUAACGAAAAGAGCAUGAAAUAAUAUUCAUCCAGCUAUACUUCCACAAAUAUUAAGAAUAAACUGUUAUCUCAUUGCUAUUCAUUGAAUCUCUCAGACCUGGUGAAUGUAUCAGCUAAAUGUCAAAUUUUGCAUUUCGAUGUUCGAUCCAGUUCAUUUCACUUCAUACCGACUUCUAUAUAGCUUUCACAUUAAUGCAACAGAGUAGAAGUUGUAUAGUAAGGACUUCAAUUUAACAAAAUUUCAAGUACGUUCGUUAAUACUUUUAUAUUAUUGCCUUCUGGUGAUUUAUAAAAAAUAUACAUAUAGCCCCCCCC